CACGUUACUCUCCUAUCCGGGCUGUACCGGAAGCUUGCAAAGGGGAAAAAAAAGAUGGCUGCUGUGGUAAAUUUGGUUUCUUCUCCCAAGAUUUCGGGGAGAUUUUAUUAUCUCUUCGCCGCUGUAAGAAACGAAAGCUGUGCGCCUGGCCCGGGUAGAUCAUGGAAACGAGAAAGUAGUUCAUAUGAACAGGAAUCCAAUCAAGAUGAUAUGCCUGUUUCAAUGGAAAACCCUUAUAAGGAGCCUCCUAAAAAGUGUGUCUUAUGCGGUGUAACCGUUGACUACAAGAAUAUACAGCUUUUAUCACAGUUUAUUUCUCCAUACACCGGUCACAUAUUUGGUCAACAUAUAACAGGCUUAUGUUCAAAGAAACAAAGAGAAAUGGCAAGAGCCAUUAGAACAGCCCAUUGCACGGGAUUUAUGUCGGUUAUGCAUAAGGACCCAGUGUUUCGCAGCGAUCCCAAAAUAUGUAAUAUUAAAUAUCCGGAAUAAAUUGUAUCAAUUAUGCCUAGCCUAUUUUUGUAAUUAGACUAUGUUUAUUAUUAGAAUGUUAAUAAAUGGGCUACCAGUAUGUCCAU